AUGUUCUACUCGCCCAAACUUCUUGCGACCACCGGGCCUCUGGCUCGCGUCUGGCUCGCGUCGAACGUUGAGCGCAAGCUCUCAAAGUCGCAGAUUCUGCAGUCGGACAUCCAAAGCAGUGUCGUUGCAAUCGUUGAGCAGGGCCAUGAACCGAUGGCCCUUCGUCUCACCAGCCAACUGAUGUUGGGCGUGGUGCGAAUCUACGGGCGGAAAGCACGAUACUUACUGGAUGACUGCAAUGAGGCCCUCAUCAAGAUCAGAAUGACAUUCAAAUCAACCAACAACCACGACCUGCCUCCUAAUGCCACCACCGCCGUCGACCUUAAUCUGCCUGAAUUGCUCACCAUAGACGACCUGUUUUCCAAUAUGGAUUUCGUGUAUCCCAUGACGCAACAGCCGGCCAUCACAGGAGCUGAGACGCAAGAAGCAGAUGAAGAUUGGACGAGUUCCCUCAAUCCUCAGCAAAGCAGUACACAGUCGAUGCUGCUUCCGGGAGAGGAGCCUUUGUACAACGAUGAUGACGACCUGAAUCUCGACUUUGGCCGUGACGAGAUAGGAAUGGACGAUACGACAGUGAGUAUCAACGUUGGUCGAAAUGCGCCUUCUCCCAAACACGGCGCCGAGGAAGUUUUUGGCGAAGAAGGCCUUCUCCAUGACGAUGAUGAUCUCCACCUCGACCUGGGCGAGGAUGUCCCAAUGAUGGACGAGCCUGACCUGCCUGCGAGAGAUGACGAGGCUGUUCCUUCCAUAGCCGAGGAUGAGCCACUUGCAUUCGGCGAUGACGAGACCCUGCAGCUACGGCAAGCCGUGGCGGACGAACAACGUGUACGCGAGUCUGAAUCUCCUUUGUCAGAAGCGGGAUCAGAAGUAUUGCGAGAACUCGACCGAACAUUCCAAAACAUAGAAGCUGAGGAGGUCGAAGAAGUUGUUGUGCAUCAGAAAAGCCGGAAGCAGAAGCCACUCGCUCCUGACGUCGAGACCGUCCUUCACAACAAACAGAUCAAAGCCCAGGCGGAGGAUAGAACCAAGAUUCUCAAAGCACCCUCGUUCCUCCCACGAGAUCCACUGCUUCUCAACCUUUUGAGCAUGCAAAAGAAUGGUGAAUUUGUCCUUGACGCCAUGAACGACGGCCGUUCGAGAAAUUGGGCUCCAGAAUUGCAAGGCCUACUUUCGUUCGAAACAGUUACAAAGUCAGGCCAAUUGAAACGAAAACGAGACAGCGGCGUGGGCGGGCUUAGUGAAGAUGAGCACCUUGAAAAGUCGCCACGGUUGGAACGAGCAGAUGAUGACAUGGAAGAUGAAGGGGUGCAUAUCGAGGAACCCAGUCAAGGAAUUACAGCCGGUAUUUCCGGUGACGAUAGCGCACAACCUCUUAUGAGCGAAGGUGGGCCGGCGUUGGAGGAUAUCGUGCCCGGGGAAGAUGAAGAAGGUAUCUUUGGUGGAGGAGAUGACACCUUUGACGACACGACGAUGCCUCUGGUCCAUCCCGCAGACAGCGGUCCGGUCUCACUGGGCACGAAACAUGCUGUCCACGUGUUACGCGAGCGACUAGGAGAUGCCGGUGGUAGCCAUCCAUCAUCACCUGCGAAGAAAUCCGUCCUACUACAAGAACUUGUUCCGGAAGGCCGGACAAGCAAAGAAGACGCAACCAAGAUGUUCUUUGAAGUUCUUGUUCUAGCAACCAAAGAUGCGAUCAAGGUUGAACAGGGAGACAAAGCAAUUGGAUUGCCCUUGCGCAUCAGAGCGAAGCGAGGACUGUGGGGUUCGUGGGCAGAGACAAGUCCGGGCGAAGACCCUACCGCCAUGCCAGCUUCGCAGCAAGUCGCGGUGGAAUCAUGA